GAUUCACGUUUUCGUACGCUGAGUGCCAUUAGUACGGUACGUCUUAAUUACGUAGGGGAGUUGCUGAAAGCGUUGCCUUGGAAGAAAGUCGGUGAUUUAUAAAGGCCUACAUGUUAGAUCCGUUUCAAAUGGAAAUUUUGAAAACGUUUUGAGUGAUUCUCAAGUUGAAUUCAGUACAAUUUUAGUGACGACAGUUUGCUUAAUUCUGUCAGAUGGAAUAACAUUAUAGAGAAGGCUUAAGUGCAUUACAGUCUAGAUCCCAUAACGAAGUCUUGUGAUACUCAGUCAGACGGAGAGAAAAAUCUGGAUUGAAUCAUCGAAAGGAAAAAAGGGAACAAUGAACAGGCCUUGUUCGUCUCCUUGACGGUUGAAGGAUUCGGAAAAUAGGGAAUUAUACUGUUGGGUAGGAAGACGAGGUUAGCAAAACAUCCCGUGAGUGUUUUUAAUACAAAUAUCACAAAAGACAAGAUAUACUUGUUUUCCACGUUUCAUGAUAUGAAUGUGCGGCCCGGUUAACUUGAAUACAGUAUACGAGAAAGCGAGUAAUACAUGCUCGUAAGUGAACUAUACUGUGUAUAAAUACCACCUGUAAAACAUAUCGUCUUCGCCAAGACUUGUCUUGGUUAUUUGCAUUUUCCUUUCAUCAGGAACGCAAAUAUUGGGUUAAACGCCUCUUUGUUGGUUGUAAUGUCAUGACAUUACCUCUCUGUGCAAAUGAGACCAAAAAAUUAACCAUAAUUAUGCCACUUUCACAUUCCACUUGAAAACAUUGUCCAAAGCACUUGAAUCCAAGGCAGGAUAGAGCUGAUUUAUGCUAUAUAGAGAACUAUAAACAAAACUGCCAUAAUUGCUAAUAAAAGGAGGCCGUUGAAUUUUUACAUAUUAAAUAGGCGAGUAUUGCAAUAUACCGAGGCAAAGCCAUGUGACCCGUCUUAUGGGGAGUCUACGCGAAGUUUCGCAGGACUAAAUUGAGUUUGACUACGUGGACAAGGAUAUAGUACCGUGGACUGACCAGUGAGUAACCAGUGACUGACCGGUGUCCUGAGGGUCAGUGUCAUACACGGAGUGGACAGAGGAAGGCGUCAAGACGGACAGCAACUUAUGAAAGGAGAGGAUCAAGUGAUCAAGUGCAAACCGUGUUGCGAGAUUCUAUAUAGAACACUAAGGGAAGCGAAUACGGUUGAAUUAAGUUACAGGAGCCAGUUUAAAAAGAAGGAUCAGUGAAAUACGUCCACCUAUCAAUGAAAUGAUCCAAAUACUAAGAUGGGUGUGGCGGGCUCAUGAUAAGGACUUUCAGAUGAUACAAUUUUAUAGACGGUAAAAAAGACCAAUACCUAGGUCACGGACAAUGGUCAGUAAAGAGAACAACAAGUUUUGUGUACAAAUAUGAAAAUGGAUCUCCUUGGUUAUGACGACUGUUAUUUACAAGGCGUGUCUCGCCUCCUGCCCAAAGUGCAACAGUUUGUACUGGAAUGCCUGGACCAGGAGACCCUGUCAUUUGAAGCCACCAUGAUGCGGUUACAGCUGAUAGAUCAUCUGGAGAACAUAGAGUUCUACCAGGGCUGCCCAAAGGCGUCUCGAGUGGCGGACAAGUCGGCCUACUUUGACGCCUCCAGCUCCUAUCUCGUGGAGAACUUCGUCCUGCUACCGAAAUCGGCAAAAUCCGCCAUGGCUCGGAGAUGUUCCUUCAGCACGUCUCUUCAGAAGAACCUACUGGUCAGUGACCUAGAUCGAGAUAACCUGGAUCAACUGGUCACCAUAGCGGACCUGACCAGUCCUGACCACAUGGGCUGGCUGACUGACCAGAGGACCGGAUGUGACGUCUGGUGUGUCGUCGCCGACAUGCUCAUGUGCAUCUUCGACUCCGACACCUCUGUGACGUCAUCAAAAGUAAUCGUGCUCCCUGGUUAUGACGUCAGAGCUCUAGUUUUUAAUGCACCCAAAUCUGAUUCUCCUGAUAGUGGAGCCGUCACUGCAAAAUAUCAGUUUAUGCUGAGUUCAGAACCGACUGACAAGCAUUAUACAUUCAGCUGUGGAAAUAAAACGGACUUCGAAAAGUGGAUUUCAUUACUGAAGAUAGCGUCAGCUUUGAGCACGGACAUCUGGGAAUAUGAACCGUCCUCGUCUGAAGCCAGUAACAUGGACGGUUUCCUUCCCGCUGCUCCACCUCAGUUUCAAGACAAUAUCGAUCACGUCAAUGGAUUCACUCCAACAGUACCGGUUCAGUUCCAGGACAAUCAUCAUGGUGACGAAUCCCUCCACCAAUUAGAAAGCCCCACGUCACCAACAUCUGACUGUUGGCAAGACAACAGUCUCCAUGACCGUCUGGAUGCAGAGUUGCCUAGGGAGCACAUUGUCAUAGCUCCUCUUGGGGCACUGAAUACCCCGGAUAGACACGUGCACACAGCAGUUGACCUCAAUGCCGAUGAAUCCCCACGAGAAGAAAAACAUAGCUUUGUGGAUUUUAAGCCUUCUGUAAAGGUUUCGCGGUCUCAGAGCACAAGGGCAUCUGUGUCCAGAAGCGACUCUAUGUCAACGCCCGGGAGAAAAGGUCUGGGAUCAAAACUUGCCAGGACGGCAUCAAGCAUAAAAGAUUUAGUGUUUAAAAAUAAAUCCAGGACGGGCGUUUUCGACAUCUCGAUUAAGACUCACCUUCAGGAUGUCCGUAUUUCAGGCUACUUACAACAGCGCUAUUUGCUCAAGUGGACAAAAUUGUGGUGUGUGAUUGGCAGGGGUCACUUGUAUGGCUUUAAGAGCAAGACAGUUCUCGAGGACCCUGAAAUUGCCAUAUGUGUUAGAGAAUAUAAAGUGACAGUUCUGGACAAGGAGAAAGCAAAGCAUCCAUUUGCAUUUAAACUGUGCCGAGAGGGGGCCAAGAGCGUAUUCCUCUCGGCAGCAGACGACUUUGAGUUGAGUCGAUGGUUGCACGUGCUCAAAGAAGAAACGGGGCAACGUCCACCAGUACACGGGCGCCACUCCAUGGAACACUUUACAAACAAAGCGUCAUCUACCGGAAAAUCUGUGAAAUUUAAUGACGGCGACACCAUGCCUCAGAGACCUAAAAGAACGCCAAAGAAUGCUAAGCUUGCAAGCAAAUGCAAAUCGUUAAGUUCGUUAACGUAUACCGAAAUGGAGAACAGCGAAGGGAACGCUUUGAAUAUACCCCUUUAUCCCGCUAAAAUAAACCGAAGUGUGGACAACUUGGCCCCUCAAUCAGAUAUCUCUUCGAACUCAGGCGACGAAGCUGAAGAUUCUAUCGAAGAUGAGAGUAGGGAGGAAUUGUUCCCGAACGUAGCCGCAAAACACGACGAAUCGGUAAAGUACGUUUGGGAAAAGGACCAAUCAUAUCCUAUGCCCUCGCAGGCAAAGCUUCCAGACUCGAAGAUAGAUGAUAUUGGUCUACAAGACACGCCUGACAAGAAUGAUGUUCUCGUGCUUCAGGAUGACGUGGCAUCAAAUGCCGCCCCGAAGUCAGAAAUAAAGCAUAAGGCACUUCAACACAGCGCCUCUACCGGUGAUGUGGUAGAAUUUGUGACGUCACAGCAGAGUGAGACACGUGGUGUGCAUCGAAGUGUGACGGUUCAGGAUUUUAAGACUGCUCGAGCAACCCCACUGACAAAUCAGGCGGCAAAACAACAGCUGCUCCAAGAUAUGUUGUCUCAAAAAGAAGAACUAGAGAAGCGGCACAAGCUAUUGCGCUCCGAUAACAACACUAAUCCAACUCAGAAUCGUAGAGCGCCAUUAAAAGAUGAGAAGCAUUACUUAAGAGCGCCAUCUGAUCCAUCGAGGCAACUGGCCUCAGAAAAAUUAAAAGUGCUUCGAGAUAUAACGUAUCUUAAACAGCGGAGGGUAUCAACGCUGCUUCAGGUAGGAGAUCUUGAAAAGGAACUCCAGCCCGCGCAGCCCAAGCCAAAAUUCCCGCUGCGAAUCCGGCCAAAGUCCAAGGCUCCCCCUCCCCCUGUCUUCAACCCCUCGGACCAGAAGCACUUACAGAGCCAGAUCCAGGGACUUCGCAACAAGCUGCAGUCCAUAGAGAAAGGAAUCACUGUACAGAACGAGCGCAGAGAAAAGCUGGAGCGGGCCAUGCUCACGGGGAGAGCGAGCGACGGCUUUGCCAAGCGUGACGUUGACUUCGCUGCUGACGUUUUCAUCCCACCGCCACCACCGAGUUUUGCCGAUGAUGCUGAUGAUGACGUCAGCCAGAACUCAGUCCCCAUUUUAACAACAGAGGAGCCCGAUAUUCCCAACCGCAUGGUAUCGAAAAAACUAAUUACUGUACAGGAAACAGUAUCAUGUGAAGACAAUUCAACUAACGAGGAAUUGGUCAGCAGCGAUAGAGACGAAAGAGAAGGGGCAUUGCCGGUCACAGAAAGACUGAGCAUGGAUUCCGGGCACGGCGGGUCAGAGAACGAGUCUCCAAGCACGUCCCACCGGGAAUUUGUCACCAGAGGGCAGCACAGGGAAGCUAUGGCCGACCAGCAGCAGGGCACGGAAAGCAUUCACCCGGACCUGAUGCAAGAAAUAGAGGCAUUUGAACAACUAACAAAGGAAGUGUUGGACAAAAAAGAACUUAUGCGCGUGUCCAAGGAAGUGACGUUUUUGAUACAGGAAGUGACGAAAGAAAAGAGCGGAUCUAACAAUUUGGACGAUGAUGACACGCCACUAUGAAAUUCGUAAAAUCUUUCAUAAUAAAUACUACGAAAGUGAAGCAUAGUUAUAUAAUCAGACCUACAUUGUAAUGUAAGAAUCAUAAUAUUUCACAUU